CAACAUCUGCUGUGUCUGGGCGCAGCUGAUGAACGAGCUGGGACCUGCUGUUACAGACACACAUUUCUCACCCAGGAGGAACUAAGUGCCUUGACGGACUGCUGCUUUUCAUGUAAGCAAAAUGUAGCUUUGCCAACCAGGCUUUACCUAAAGUAAGCUGAGUAGUAGUUUUUGCGUAAAAGCUUGCGACGUCAGUAGCAUCUUAAUAGACGCUCCAGACCCCUUGUGGGAAAAAAACAACCAAAGAUGUACUAAUUCAUGUAUAAGGUAAACAACACGAGUUAUUUACCCGCUCCUGCCGUCUCUAGUUAACAUGCCACGCGUUUAGGCGGCGGGUUUCGGAGUAAUGUUAGCAAACAGAAGGUUCCGGGUCGAUGUAGGAAGCAUUCAAGACAACUCUGGGUUGGUAUUAGUGUUACCAGUCCCAUCUGAACUGUGAAGACCAGAGGACUGGACCUGAAACACCAGCAACUCCUCCACAGCCUCAUGACCAGGCGGAUAUGGCCACAUGGGUGUCUGAAACAGGAGAAUGAGAGGAUGCCGCUAUGUGUUCCUGAGGACUGUGCUGCGGAACGUAUCGAUUAGCUGACCAGUAAUAGCAGUGUGAGAGCCUGACUCUGCAGAAGAAGCUGGUCCUGGUGUCCCAUGGCGGCCCUGAGAGCUGGCAGCAUGCUGGCGGAGCUGGCAGCCCCGGGAGGAGCGGCUCUGUCUGCGGGUCUGUCCUCCAGCAACUCCUCCUCCGGCCUGAGCCCCGACCCCGGGGACCGGGGCUGCAGGAACGGAGCCCUCAUGGAUCCGUUCGGGAUCUUCCUCCAAGGUCUUCUGGCUGUGAUGGCUUUCAGCACGCUGAUGUUAAAACGCUUCAGGGAGCCCAAACAUGAGAGGAGACCCUGGAAGAUUUGGUUCUUGGACACUUCAAAACAGGCAAUUGGGAUGCUGUUCAUUCACUUUGCUAACGUCUACUUGUCAGACCUCACAGAAGAGGAUCCCUGCUCACUAUACCUCAUUAAUUUCUUAUUAGAUGCCUCUCUUGGCAUGCUGGUGAUCUAUGCAGGGGUAAGGGCUGUCAGCGCCGUUGUGGAAUGGAGGCAGUGGGACUCGCUACGAUUUGGAGAAUAUGGAGAGCCAGUCCAGUGCAGAGCAUGGUUUGUCCAGUGUGUCCUCUACAUCCUUAUCGUGAUGUUUGAGAAAGUUCUGAUUAUGUUGGUCCUUCUCAUCCCUCAGUGGAAGAAGCUGGCUCUCCUCAACCCCAUAGAUAAUCCUAACCUGGAACUGGCCGUUGUCAUGCUCAUCGUUCCAUUCUUCGUCAAUGCCCUCAUGUUCUGGGUAGUAGAUAAUUUCCUAAUGAAGAAGCACAGGACAAAAGCAAAGCUUGAGGAAAGAGAAGAGGACUCCCGUGGGAAUGGCAAGGUUCGCUACAGGAGGGCUCUUUCCCAUGAUGAUUCAGAGUCUGAGAUUCUUUUCUCAGCAGAUGAUGAGAUGGAUGAGUCUGAUGAAGACGAUGGCCGUCGACUCACUGGUCUGAAGACGGUUAAGAAGAAAAAACUUCGCAUGGGGAUCCCUGUUUGAACUGCGUGCCGGCAGCGUGCCCAGCUUUGGUGCUGUGAAUGAUUUCUUCCGGUACCGCACAAGCCCACGUACAUUCUUCCCUUUAUUUCCACAGAGUAUGAUAUCAGCCUUUAAUCUUUCUGGAAGAUAUACGAUUAUAUUGAACUUCCUUUUUCUGUUCAUGCCUGGAGGACUGCAGCAUUUUUUUGCAUUUGACUAUAUUCAGACCAACGCCACCUGUCGCCAUGGAAAUGUUAUUUGUUGGGUUUUAAGGUAGGAAGAAAAAUAAUCCAACUAUUUACAAACGUUACAAUGUUGAGAUGUACUGUAAGCAUUAUAGGAGGCAGUUACAACUGAUGUACUGACUUAAAUGGCAAUUUGUAAAUUUGUGGUAGUCUCAAAACAAACUCAGAUGGACAAAUGUUUGGCUUGAUGAGAGCCAGAUAUCCAUAUAUGAUGCGAAUAAUUCUGAGUCUGUUUCAAAUGAUUUAAUAACUUGUCCCUAAAGUACCUUGGGUAAAACAUAGAUUCCUUGUUAAUUUUGUCAUCAUAAACUUCUCAUAUGGAUGUACCGCCAUUUUGUGUGUGGAUGUUCAUGUACGAGCGUGGGUGAGAUAGAGACUUGAUAGAGCAGCAUUUGGCCACCGUUUGAAUACUGAACCACAGCUACACACUUUACCACAGCACAUCUUGUAUGUAAUAUUAAUUUUCUCAUAGAGCAUGUUAAUUCCUUCAGAUCUCAUUUAAACUGUCAAACUACUAAAACCAGAAUUACAAAGAUAACACUGCAACAUUGUGUUGUUCUGUCUCUGUUUAAUUAAUGUACACUCAGCACAAUUUCUUGACAGGAAAACCUGAAAUGUAGACAUAUUUGCAAAUUCAUUAAAAAAGAAAAACUGAAAUAUCACGUGGUCCUAAGUAUUCAGACCGUUUUCUCAGUAUUGAGUAGAAGCACCUUUUUGAGCGAGUACAGCAAUGAGUCUUCUUGGGAAUGAUGCAACAAGUUUGUCACACCUGGAUUUAGGAUCCUCUGCCAUUCUCCCUUGCAGAUCCUCUCCAGUUCUGUCAGAUUGGAUGGUGAAUGUUGGUGAAUGCUCAGUUGGGUUUAGGUCUGGGCUCUGGCUGGGCCGGUCAGGAAGAGUCCCAGAGUUGUUCCUAAGCCACUCAUUUGUUAUUCCAGCUGUGAGCUCAGGGUCAUUGUCUGGUCUGAUGGUGAACCUUCGGCCCAAUCUUUGUCUGGACGGCCAGGUCUAGGAAGAGUUCUGGUCGUCCCAAACUUCUUCCAUUUAAGGAUUAUGGAGGCCACUGUGCUCUCAGCAACCUUGAGUGCUGUAGAAAUUAUUUUGUAACCUUGGCCAAAUGAAACAGAGGGAAAAAUUUAAAGGGGUCUGAAUACUUUCUGUACCCACUGUAUGUAUGUAUGUUUGUAUGAAACUCCAAAAAUUAUAUUGUGCAAAAGCUCAUUCAAGUCAGCAAUUCAACGUCAAAUGUUAAACUAACUAGACGUAAACUCGGUACAUGCAAAGUAAGCUACGUCAAGGCUUUAUUUCUAAUAAUUGUGAUGAUCAUGGCUUACAUAUUUUUGAAAACCCCAAAUUCCAAAUCUCUGAAAAUUUGAAUAUUUGGAAAAGAUUCAGGCUCAAAGUGUCACCCGCUCAUCAGCUAAUUCAUUCAAAACAUCUGUGACGGGUGUGAAGGGAGUCUCUGUCUGGUUCAGUAGAAUUCACAAUCAUUGGGAAGACUGCUGACCUGGCAGUUUUGCAGAAAACCAUCAUUGACUCCCGAAGCCUCAAAAGGUGAUUGCAAAAGAAGUUGGAUGUUCUCAAAGUGCUGUAUCAAAAAACACAUUAAUAGAACGUUAGGUGGAAGGGUAAAGUGUGGAAGAAAAAGGUGCACAAGUAACUGGGAUGACUGUAGUCUGGGGAGGAUGGUCAGGGAAAGGCCAUUCAAAAGUGUGGGGGAACUUCACAAGGACCGGACCGAGGCUGGAGUUAGUAUGUCAAGAGAUACCACAUACAGACGGAUCCUGCAAAUGGGCUUCAAAUGUUGUUUUCCUCUUAUCAAGCUGGGCUAACAUAGCACCAGCCCACACUGCCAAAAGUACCAAAACCUGGUGAAAUAACCAGAUUACGGUGCUGGAUUGGCCAGCAAACUCGCCAGACCUGAACCCCAUAGAGAAUUUCUGGGGCAUUGCCAAGAGAAAGAUGAAAGGCAUGAAACUGAAGAAUGCAGCAGAGCAUCCUGGUCCUCAUGACACCUGAGCAGUGCCACAUGCUGAUAGCACCCAUGCCAUGCCACAUUCAGGCAGUAAAUUGCGCAAAAGUGCCCCAAACCAAGUACUAAGCAAGAUUAAACCAUUCAGAGGGACAAUUGUAUACAAUUUGUUUACAAACAUUUUCUAUGAAUUAUAUGUGAUAUUCUAUUUUUUUUUAGAUUUUCAUUUUGAGGUUUUCAUAAGUUGUAAACCAUAAUCAUCAAAAUUAUAUCAAAUGAAGGCUUGACAUAUUGAGUUGAAUGUUAUGAACCUAGGUCAUACAUUAGUUUCACCUUGUAAAUCUUAAUUGCUGGAAUAAAUGAACUUUUGCACGAUAUUCAAAUUUUCACGUGUGUAUACAUACACGCACAAAUCACGCCGUCUGGUGGAUAAACCUCUGAAAACGAGUGAUGUAUUGUGCGUUUAACAGACUUUUCUGUCUAAGCAGGAUAUAGAAAGCAGGGAGGUGAGUCUUUCUAUAUCCUCUACCACCGACUGUAGCACUAAAUUUGUGCGGGGCAGAAAUUCUGCCAGCGUUGCAGUACUAUGGCAUAAAAGGUACAAUCAGCUGAUGAAAUUGAUCAGACUGAAUGUUGACUGGGCUUCAAGAAUCAAGUUCAGCUGUGGGAAUAAAACAUUUAUUAUAUUGAAUACAUAUACACCUUUUGAAAGCCCUGAGAUAAAGAUGAAUAUCUUAAUAGGCUGGCAUAUCAUAUAUCCAGAACAAUCCAUCCACUUGUUUUUUUUUUUUUAUUGUGGGUGAUAUGAAUGCUGAUGUGACAGAUUGUAAAUCCUUAUUUGCCAAUCAUUUAAAGCAGUUUUUUUUUUUCCAAUGAUGAGUUGAUUCUCUCCAGUGACGUGCUCUUGCCUGUUACGGAUACCAGUAUUAGUGAAGCACAGCACACAACAUCAUGGUUAGACCACUGUAUCUACACUGAGGAUGCACAUGACUCCUUAGAGGCCAUCAGGAUUAAUUAUGAAUUUACAUCUGAUCAUGCCCCUUUUUUACCAGCCCUUUUGCUCUUGAACAAUGACAUCCAAGAAGGGAAAAUAAAUUGGAACCAUCCGACUGAGCAGGGUUCUUAAUCUGUAGUGCACCCAGUCUGAAAUCAUGUUUAAUAAUAUGGUUUUGCCCAAAAGUGCAGUGAUAUGUUCUGAGAAAUUGUAAAAAUGUGCAACAUGGCACAGAGUUGUGCUCACUGUAUAAGAAAGUUGUACAAUUCCUUCUUAUCUCAAGUAGAUCGCUGUAUAAAAUUUAAAAGUACAAAGCCAAGCCAGGGUGGAAUGAGUAUGGAAAAGAGCUUCAUACUGAGGCCAGAAGGGCUAUUAGACUAUGCGACUAUGGAUCCUGUAUUUGACUAUAAGAAGAAGGGAUAUUUUAAAUAUGUUCUGCGAUUUAUUAAGAUAAAUGAAAGUAAAUCUGAAUGACUUGCAAGGAAAUGACACGUAACAGUCCCACUGAAUUUUGUAAAGAAAUGAAAAGAGUCUAUAAUGUAAAAACAUUCCUGCCAACAAACAUUGAUGGUGCAAACGGACCAGACAAAAUUGUUCAAUUGUGGAAGAAACUGUUUAACUGUAGUAAAAGUAAUCCCUUUGUGAUAGACAACAUAGACAAACAUGAAGAUGUCAUUAUUUCUGUACAGGAAGUUAGUGAUAUUGUUAUGGAGCUGAAAAUUAUAAGGCUGAGCAUUAUUAUGUGCAAGCACAAAACCUUUUACUUUGUUUGACUAUUUGUUUCACUGGGUUUUUCAUUCUUGGCAUUUUACCAAAUUCUAUAUUGUCUGGGAUUUUAGUGCCUAUUGUAAAAGAUAAGACUGGCAAAAUGAAUAGGAAACACAACUAUCGACCUAUAGAGUUGUAGGUCGAUAGUUGUCUUUGCUCUUCAUUUAGCCAGUAUUUUAUCAAAGGUCUCGGAGAGGGCUACUGUAUGUUAAAUAGAUUUGAGUUUAUCGUCACAUCUGAUAACCAGUUUGGCUUCAAACCAAACCUUGACACUAAUACGUGUAGGCUAACAGACUCUGUAAACUGUAUCGUUUAUAUUUUGACCAACCCUGCUCAAAGCUCGGUUAGGUUAUUUUUUAAUCUGUGGAAUAACUGGCGCCUUAGUUUAUAUGGCAUCGGAUGGACUUUCUAUGUUUAUGGUGUCUUGUUGUUGUUGUUUUGUCUAUUUUUGUUUACUAUGGACCAUAUAUGUGUCUGAAUAAAACGGUUUGAUUGAUUGAUUGAUUGAUAUACCUUUGUGCAUGUGUGUGUGUGUGUACAAAUGUCUGUACAAAUAUGUAUGUGUAUAUAUAAAUAUAUGUGUGUGUGUACAAAUAUAUAUGUAUAUGUGUGUACAUAUACAUAUAUGUGUGUACAUAUAUGUGUGUGUGCAUACAUGCUAUUCUGCAAUGGUUAAACUGGAUGAUGAAACAGCAAGUGAUGGAAGUAAAUUCACAUUAUAAAUGCCUUUCAAAUAAAGGAAAUGCUAUAUCA